AUGACUGCCAUGGGGCGAUUGGUCAACGGAGGGUUUAUCAUGGCGGAGAAGAGAGCCGCGGCGUCCUUGGAUGAGCUGCGCGCUGCCGUGGAGCGUGAUUUCUCGAAGAAUGUGGUCGUUUCUCAUGGCCUCUUUCGAUCGCCGUAUCCGUUUGGGGCGCAUUUGUUCUGCGAGGUGGAUACAGCGACUUUGGAUCGGAAAAAAUGGGGAGAUUCAAAAAUGGAACUUGUUUUGCGUGUUAUUGCUCUUCCUCCCGGGGAUUCAGCUCCUCUAGCAGCAUUCUCCAAAUUCCUGAAAGUUCUACACAGAGAUGCAACUCUGGAAGACGCGUCCUUCGAAGCUCUCGUAUUGGCACUCGAAAAAACCAGGUUUUUCUCAAGUGGUUUGAAGGAUCUUAGUAGGAGCAAUAGUGCUGUAGAGGAAAGGGAAGGGGAUGGAGAUUAUCAACAGCGAUUACUCCAGCUUUGUCUUGGCAGUAGUCAUCCGUGCAUAGCGCCGCUCACAGGUGCGUUCCUGGGGAACGAGACAUUAUAUCUAGUUUUUCCGCCAGCCCCAUAUACGCUGCGUUCGCUCUUACAUUUUAGCCCGGGUGCCUUGGGAGAUGACUGGCAGCUGCGGUUCUUUCUAUAUCAGAUCAUCGCCGGUUUGGCUCAUUGCCACAAGCUGGAAGUUUUUCACGGAAACAUAACUCCAUCCAGCGUGCUCAUCACGAGCAGUAUGUGGUGUUGGCUUACAGGAUUCGCUACGACCUCUAUACGUCGUGAAGUAUUUAAUCCAACAACGGAGACUUCUCUAGUUGAAGACGAGCUCGAGUGGAGAAGCCAGUUUAAGAAGUGGUUCCGGGGAGAGCUUAGCAACUUCGACUAUCUUCUACUUCUCAACAGGCUGGCCGGAAGAAGAUGGGGGGACAGGUGCUUUCAUACGGUCAUGCCGUGGGUGAUAGACUUCACAGCAAAACCCGACCAAGAGAAUGACACUGGCUGGCGUGACUUGACGAAGAGCAAAUGGCGCUUAGCCAAAGGGGACGAGCAGCUCGACUUUACGUACGCCACCGCCGAGAUUCCACACCACGUCUCGGACGAGUGCCUUUCGGAGCUCGCGGUCUGCAUCUACAAAGCUAGAAGGCUUCCGCUGCUGGUACUUCGUCGAGUUGUGCGCUCAGUGUACGAGCCGAACGAGUACCCAGUGAACAUGCAAAGGCUGUACCACUGGACGCCGGACGAGUGCAUUCCAGAAUUUUACAGUGAUCCAGAAGUUUUCCGGUCGAUACACCAUGGUAUGGGUGAUCUUGCUGUUCCAAGCUGGGCUGAAGAUCCCGAGGACUUUAUCCGUUUACACCGUUCUGCUUUAGAGAGUGACCGUGUUUCGAGGCAGCUCCACGAGUGGAUUGAUCUCACUUUUGGUUAUAAGUUGUCGGGUGAAGCUGCUGUUCUGGCGAAGAAUGUUACGCUUUCAACUACAGCACCGAGCAUGCCGAGAUCAUCAGGACGACGGCAGCUGUUUUCGAAGCCGCAUCCUAUGCGAAUGACUUCCAGCUCCAAGAAAAACCUCUUGGAACAGCUCGAGGAGUCAGCGUCCUUUUGCAGUUCUGGAAGGAGUUUGUCUCCAUGGUAUGGUGUACCAGUGCCCGAUCCGGAUGGACACAAUUCUACAAACUCGGAUCAUCCUCCAGUUGCAUCAAACGCCUGCGAGGCGAUAUUGCGAAACGUCGCAGAGUCCGACGAGAAACUCUGGGGUGAGCUUUUCCAGAAGCUCCAUUUCGAGCAGGACGAUGACGUCGACGACGAGAACGUAUCUUAUCAGAGACUAGUUGCAUGGCAACGUGAAGUUUCGGUGUUAAGGCCGAUCCGGGAGAGCGAGGCUGCUGACAUAUUCGGCAUCGGAUGCUUGGUUGCAGAGAUUUUUCUUCAAAAGCCGCUCUUUGAUUCAACCAGUGCUGCAGUUUGGCUGGAAAGGAAAUCACUUCCAGGAACUCUAAAUCAGCUUCCACCUCACGUUCGUAUUGUCGUGGAAACAACUCUCGCCGCGGACAUCAAGAGACGGCCAAGCGCUGAGAAGUUGCUAGAGUCACCGUUUUUCCCUCCGGUAGUUCGGUCAGCUUACACAUUCCUUUCUUCGUUUCAUUUUCUAGCCAGCAACCACGACCGCCUGUUCUAUGCAGCGAAAAUGGCUCAACAGUCUGCGUUUGCUCUCAUGGGACCAGUUGCUUCCGAGCUUUGUGCACCGGCUUGUUUGUCUGUCAUCGCCCAUCCUUACAAUGAUCUCGAUCCUAUGGCAGUAAUUAUCCUGCUGAAAUCUUUGCUUCAAGUUCUCAAGCAACAGGCUUCAAGGCGUCUACUUUUGCCAGUCGUGCAAAGCAUUUUGCAAGAAAACGAUGCUGAUGCUCAGUUGAAAGCUGGAUUACUUGGAUCUUCAUUCAUCAGAAACUUGAGACGACUCCUUGGUACACACGUGUAUUUGCAGCACUUCCACUCGCUUAUAGUGCUCAGUGUUCUACGUUCGCCCGAAAGCCAGCAAGCGAGUGCAGCAUCACUUGUUUUGGUGGAAACUUGCCAAGAGUUGGGAUUGCCAGUCACACUGAACCAGACAAUUCGGCCACUCUUGCAGUCAUUGGGACGUGACAUCACUGUGCAUGGAGUUGAUUCUCUUGUAGAAAUCGGCGAGAAAUUUGGACCAGAGGCAAUUAUCAAGCAUUGGCUUCCACCUUUGAACGGCUGAUGCCUUGACCGUGUUAAGUCGUCUCGUAUUGCUAUUGAAUCCAGUUUCCGUAUCGAGAGAGUUA